CUUCUGGUAAUUAAUUAUAUGAAGUUGCAAGACAAAAGCAAAAGUAAGUCUAACUUUGAGGGCACGCCCUGAAGAAUCGCUAUGGGAUAUCAAUCAACGUGAUAGAAAGUCGUUCAAGUAAAGUAGCCCCUCGUUUGAUCACUCGCAGGCCAAAGUGGUUCAUGCGGGAACGAUGGCUCUGGAUAUGAAAAUCGAGGACCUGCUGUUGAAAACGCUGGAAGACCUGGAGCAGGAGGACUUCAAGAAGUUCAAGUAUUAUAUGGACCUGCCCAAGAGCAAAAAAGAAAACGCAGAUCGGAUUGACAUCGCCGAACAGCUGACCAACACGCACGGCCAGAACGCUGUGGCGGAGACCAUCAAGAUUCUGGAGAAGAUCAACAACUACAACCUGGCCCAGAAGCUGCGCAACGACCUGCCGCAAAUCACAGGUAUCUCCUCAGUGGAUGACCAGGCAGAUGACCGUGGCAGCCGACAUGAAGGCACUCGGCAUCAACCACGAGAUGGCCAUGGACCGUUCCCGGUGGAAGAAAGCCAUAUCGAGAACCCAGUCCAAUCGAUGAUGAUGGAUAACGAGCAGAUCGGUAGCAUCUCCUCGGUGGAUAACGAGCAGAUUGGCAAAUUCAAGCGGGAGCUGCAAGAGAACCUGCGGAAGAGCUACCUCCACGUUCCCGAGGGCAACACGGAGUACGGCCAGCAGAAGCCUCUAGAGAACGUCUACACCGAGCUCAACAUUACCCGCGGCGUCGCCGGUCUCCCCGACAAGCAUCACGAGGUCCUUCAGAUGGAGAUGUGCGGCGUGGCCGAGGAGGAGUCCAUCCAGCCGUGCGACAUCUUCCAAAGCCAGGAGCCCCUUCGCACGAUGCUCACCGUGGGCUUCGCGGGCAUCGGGAAGACUUUCCUGGUGCGCAAGUUUGUCCUGGACUGGGCCAGCGGGGAAACCAACACAGACGUGGACUUCAUUUUUCCCUUUGCCUUCCGCGAGUUGAACUUGGAGGAGGACAAUAGCUUUUCGCUGGCGGAGCUCAUCCGACUCUUUGUCUGGGAGAGCCAGGCCAUCGAGAUGCUGGACCACAUCUUGGUCAGUCUGCAAGAGUCGGUCAACCGCCACUACCAGUCCAGCAAGAUCAAAAUUCUGUUUGUGCUGGACGGCCUGGACGAGUCCCGCCUCAAACUGGACCUGAGCGACGAGCGCAAGAAGCGCCUGGAUGUGACCCGAGCCUACCCCGUGGAGGUGCUCCUGGCGCAUCUCAUCAAGGGGAACCUGCUUCCCUGCGCCCGGGUUUGGAUCACCACGCGGCCCCAGGCGGCCCACGACAUCCCGCCGCGCCUGGUGGACGGCAGAACCGAGGUGAAAGGCUUCAGCGACUCCCAGAGGCUGGACUACUUCAGGAAGAGGUUCCCCGGCGAGGACGACCUCAUCAAGCACAUCCAGAAGUCCCGCACCAUUUUGAUCAUGUGCCACUUGCCCAUCUUCUGCUGGAUCACCGCCAUCGUUCUCCGAGAUCAUCGGAAACACGGAAAGGAGCUGCCCGAAAGCCUGACCGAGAUGUACACAGAGUUCCUGCUCUAUCACCUGGACAAGUCCAAGGAGCGAGACAGCCAGAAGAGCACGGAGUACGUCAAAGCGCUGGCCAAGCUGGCUUUUCAGCAGCUGAUGAAAAAGCAACAGAUCUUCUACGAGAGCGACUUGCGGAAAAGCGGCUUGAAUUACCUGCAGGGCGCAAAACACUCGGGAGUCUUCACCGUGGUCUUCAAGGAGGUGCCCCCGCUCAAGAAAUACCAACGCAAGAUGUUCCAGUUCAUCCACCUGACCGUGCAGGAAUAUCUGGCCGCUCUCUACGUGAUGACGAGCCUGUUCCAGGACAACAAGAACGUGCUGGACGAUUCCAGGUGGACGCGGAAAGGCCUUCUGUUGUUUUGGAAGCGGAAGCCGCUCACUCGGGUACACGAGGCGGCCAUCCGCAAAGCCUCCAAGAGUGAGGGAAACCUGGACUUGUUCCUCCGCUUCCUGCUGGGCCUCUCCUUGCAGUGCAACCAGGAUCUCCUGGGUGAGCUGUUGAAGGUUCCCAAGAACUACAGACACAGCAAGGCAGAAACGGUCCGCUUGAUCAAGCAACAGAUAGAUAAGAACUCUCCUGAGGAGAACAUCAACUUGUUCUACUGCCUGAACGAGCUGAAGGACAAGUCCCUGCUGGAGCAGAUCCAACAAUACCUAAAAGGGGGGAAAUUGUCCAGAAAGGACCUACCUCCGGCCAUGUGGUCGGCCCUGGUCUUCUUCUUGCGGGCUUCCGACGAAGCCAUGAGCUGCUUCGAUCUCCGGAAAUACACUCCGUCCGAGAAGGGGCUCCUGAUGCUGCUGCCGGUGGUCAAGGCUUCUCAAAAAUCAGUGCUCAGGGAAUGCAAGCUGAGCAAGAAAAGCUGCGAGGCGCUGGCCUCCGUUCUAAUCUCGUCCCGCACCGUGAGCCAUUUGGAUCUCAGCAAGAACGACUUGCACGACCACGGGCUGGAGGCGCUCGCCGGUGGACUGGCAAAGCCGCAGUGCACCUUGCAAGUUCUCGAGCUCAUGAACUGCAAGCUGAGCGAGAAAAGCUGCGAGGCGCUGGCCUCCGUUCUAAGCUCGCCCGGCAGCCUGAGGGAGCUGGAUCUCAGCGUCAACUACUUGUACGACGACGGGCUGGAGGCGCUCGCCGCCGGACUGGCAAAGCCGCAGUGCACCUUGCAAGUUCUCAAGCUCGAGGACUGCAAGCUGAGCAAGAAAAGCUGUGAGGCGCUGGCCUCCGUUCUAAGCUCGCCCGGCAGCCUGAGGGAGCUGGAUCUCAGCAACAACGACUUGUGUGACGGGCUGGAGGCGCUCGCCACCGGACUGGCAAAGCCGCAGUGCACCUUGGAAGUUCUCAAGCUCCGGUGGUGCCAGCUGAGCAAGAAAAGCUGCGAGGCGCUGGCCUCCGUUCUAAGCUCGCCCAGCAGCCUGAGGGAACUGGAUCUCAGCUUCAACAACUUGCACGACCACGGGCUGGAGGCGCUCGCCACCGGACUGGCAAAGCCGCAGUGCACCUUGCAAAUUCUCGGGCUCGAGUAUUGCAAGCUGAGCAAGAAAAGCUGCGAGGCGCUGGCCUCCGUUCUAAGCUCGCCCGGCAGCCUGAGCAAUCUGGAUCUCAGCAAGAACGACUUGUGUGACGACGGGCUGGAGGCGCUCGCCGCCGGACUGGCAAAGCCGCAGUGCACCUUGCAAGUUCUCAGGCUCCGGUGGUGCCAGCUGAGCAAGAAAAGCUGCGAGGCGCUGGCCUCCGUUCUAAGCUCGCCCGGCAGAAUGAGGGAGCUGGAUCUCAGCGAAAACGACUUGCGCGACGACGGGCUCAAAGCGCUCGCCGCCGGACUGGCAAAGCCGCAGUGCACCUUGCAAGUUCUCGGGCUCCAGCAUUGCAAGCUGAGCAAGAAAAGCUGUGAGGCGCUGGCCUCCGUUCUAAGUUCGCCCGGCAGCCUGAGGGAGCUGGAUCUCGGCAACAACGUCUUGCACAACGACGGGCUGGAGGCGCUCGCCACCGGACUGGCAAAGCCGCAGUGCACCUUGCAAGUUCUCGGGCUCAUGGAGUGCGAGAUCAGCACUCGAGGAUGCGUCUCACUGGCCAAGGCUCUCCGGUCCAACCCCUCCCACCUCCAAAAGCUGAACCUGUGGUUCAAUGACAUCAAAGAGAAAGGAAAGCGGGUCUUGGAGGAGGUCCAAAUGGAUCCUCGCUGCAGUCUGAAGAUCGAGUGGAGGCUAUAGAUGGCACCCUUGGAUCCUUGGGGAGAGUUCUGAGCACGAAUGGAUGGAUGGAUGUGGAUGCAUGCAGAAGCUCGCGAAGGAUGCGUUUCCCCUGGAGCGUUUGGCUGAGGACGCCCGCUGUCCAAAAGGAAACGGCAAAGCCUGUCCUCCACGUUAGUUGCUUGAUUCUCCGACCGAUGAUAAGGCAUAAAUAUUUCCUCAUUUCACAAAUAAGACGUGAACUCCAACACAGACGUGUGCUCCUGACACUCUCCUGCCAUCCACACUCGUGGCGGGCGGGCCUUGACCCUUGACCCUCCACUUCUUCGCAUAAUUUGACCUGCUGGCCGACCAAUGGUGAAUGUUGAUGCCAAUAAUCAUUGCAAUCAUCAUGCCUUCAAUUGACUUGUUUUUAAAUGCAUUUUGAUGACUAAACCGCCACGAAAUAUAAAUACAAGUUGUAGAAUGAACAAUCAA